CAAGGAUUGAAGCAGAGACGCGUGGACAGGCCAGCAGUCAUGAAUGGCACGAACAAAGAAACUCCGUCUCACUGCUUCCAAUUUUCAUGCUGUCUGCACAAGGAACGACAGCACACCUUGUGAUGCACUGGUAAAGCGGCUCCUUCAUCCGAAGAGCUUCACAACAUCUGCUACAGAGCACGGGAAGCAGCACGAAAGUGUUGCACUCCAGCUGUAUGCAACAGAGAACGAAACAGUUGUUCAGCCAUGUGGGCUUUUUGUUGACCUGGAGCACGGGUUUUUGGCAGCUUCCCCAGAUGGGCUGGUCGGCACAGACCGAAUUGUGGAGGUCAAAUGCCCGUUGAAAUCAAAGGAAGACGAACCACUGGAAGCAGCACGCAACUUCUCGGACAAGAAACGAAAGGAUGGCGCUCCAGUCCUUUCCAGAUCCCACAGUUACUUUUAUCAAGUGCAGGGCCAGCUGCACGUCACCAGACGGAGCAUCUGUGACUUUGUCGUGUACACAACCAAAGGUAUACAUGUGCAAGAAGUACAUCGGGAUGAUACUUUCUGGGAAACAAAAAUGGAGCCAUUUCUCAUUCGCUUCUACAAGGACUGUGUUCUUCCAGAAAUUGUGGACCCCCGACUUGCUCGGUCCAUGGACGUGCGCCGGCCAGAUUGGAAUAGGCUUGCCAUUGAGGCUAAGGAGAAAACUAAGAAUGGAGAGACAUCCAAGGCCAAAAGAGCCAAGUACGAGAAGGACUCAACAAUCAUGCAAGUAGAACUGUACUUGACACCGUAUAGAGCGGAAUAUAAACUGCGAUAUUUUCUUCACGCCUCGUCUUAUGCAGUGGUCUUUUGGAGAAUGCGAUGUCAUUGUCUGGCAACCUACGGCGUGAAUGUUGGCAAAUGCAUAGCCGAAGUCGUGUGUACAGUCAACCACAAAAGUUUACAGACCACGGGAUCUCAGAAAACGUUCAAUUCCCGAGCAGCCUGUACCUGUAGCCAGUAAACCUGUAUACGACAAUGUCCUAGUCGAGGCCCAAAAUGCAAAUACCAGGCUCCGUUGUGAGGCUGCGGAGAUAUUCAGUUUUUCUCAGAUUUUAUGGCCCGUAAUAUUGUGUGGUUGACUGUAGUUGGAAGUUUAUUCUGGUAAACUACGUGUACAAAAAGUGGGUAUAAUAUCGUGCAGAAGGAAGUCCCAUAGUGAAAACACUUAAUCCAAAUGUGAGUGAUAUCAUUUUUUAUUCUUGUCACUUCAUUUUCUUGUGUGAGCU